GAACUAUAUAUCUAUGGAAUUUGGAACCAGUUAGGGUAACAAGGAAUACCAAUAGCUUCAGAUGGCAUCUUUGUAUAUAACACCACAUACUUCAAUCAUUAAGAUGGAUUCCUAGUAUGGACUCAGAAUUUAAGCAAAAGAAAGAAAACCUCAUUUGUUCCAAGGGAUUGGUGGGGGAACAGGCAAGCCAGCCAUCACUGCGGAGUUGAAGAAGGGAUUUACUCAGACCUCUGCAUCUUCACUUGCUCGCUCUGGAAUUACAGCUAUUUAUUACGAAGUGCUCUGUGUGGCUGGGUGGAGUGUGCCUGAGGAAAGACAUCCCAGACAUCACCUGGGGUUAGUCUUUCUGAGCCCUUCACGUCUCUAAUUCUCAUCAUUAUCAUGGAGCCCAACAGUCCCAAAAAGAUACAAUUUGCUGUGCCUUUAUUCCAGAGUCAGAUUGCUCCUGAAGCAGCGGAGCAGAUCAGAAAAAGAAGACCUACACCAGCAUCACUUGUGAUUCUCAAUGAACAUAAUCCCCCAGAAAUAGAUGACAAGAGGGUGACCAACACACAAGCUGAAUCGCAAAAUGCAUCCCCUAAGCAGAGGAAGCAGAGCGUGUACACACCACCGGCCAUGAAAGGUACUGUUCAGGAGUUAAGCAUCUGAAGGGCCAGAAUGAAUCAGCAUUCCCUGAAGAAGAAGAAGGUGUAAACGAAAGAGAGGAGCAGUGGGACCAUUAAUUACGGGUCUGCAGCAAGAAGGCUUCUUGGGAAUAACUGAACUAUUAACUUUUCUGAAUAUCGUAUGGAAGGCCACUCCUUGACUUCCAGAAGCAUUCUCCACCUCUUCUCUCCACACUCAUACAGUAGUAAUAUACCUCCUGGGAAGCUGUCCCUGAUUGAACUUUAGAACUAAGUACAGAUUGUUCGAUAUCACGUCCAAUUAAAGAAUAAACAUUUAUUUUAUGGUGAUUUUUCCUUUUAAUGACAUUUGCAUACAUGUGAGUGUUCUAACUUUAAUACUGCCCAGCUUAAUCCCUGAUGUCCUACUGAAAUGGUUUGCCUUCUAAGGUCAAAUGUAAAUAGCUUCACUUUAAAGAGUAAAAAAUAAACGCUAAAUACAUUUAGACAUGA